ACCCCGUUCCGGUUAAAAAAAAAAAUAACAACGUGAGUUUUCUAAGACAUAGAAAGAGAAAAAAAAUUCCGAGGGUAUAAGAAGGUUUAUUUAAAAAUAUUUAACAAGUUAAUACACAGAUAUUGUCGACAGGUAUGGCGAAGUGGGGUGAAGGGGAUCCACGCUGGAUUGUGGAGGAGAGACCCGAUGGAACUAACGUAAACAAUUGGCACUGGGUGGAAAAGAAUGCCACAGGUUGGUCAAAGGACAGACUGAAGGAACUUCUGACUGGUAUUGUAAUAGAAGAUGAUAAACAUUUCUGUGAAAUCAAGGAGGUAACAAGCAUUGAAGGGGAAGCAUCUGCAAAUAACAGAAAAGCCAAAUUAAUAUUUUUCUAUGAAUUUGUUAUCAAAGGGGAGUGGUCAGGUAAAUUUAAGGAUAGUGACAAAAAGUAUAAAGGGAAAUUUGAGAUACCAAAUCUGAGUGAAGAGAAUGAUACAGAUGAAAUUGAUUUUAAUGUCACAGUCUCUAAUGACUCGGAUGAAGCCUUCAAAUUAAAGGAAUUUCUACGGAAGACUGGAGUCACUCUGGUGAGACAAAAGAUGGCAGAUUAUUUAAAUGAUUUAAGGCAUGAGUACAGUAAAGGUGUUGUCUUGCCAACCAAAGGAGGACAACAGGCACCUGCUAAGACUGUAGCAGGAACAAAUAAGUCUAAAGAAGAAAUGAACAAGCAUGUGGUGGAUACCAAAGUUGCCAAACCCUUAGGGGUAAAAAUCCACACCAAGAAAAUUGUUGGGAAGGAGGAAUUCAAAUGUCGUGCUGAGGACCUGUACAGAGCUCUCACUGAUGUACAGAUGGUUCAGGCCUUUUCAGCUAGCCCAGUGGAAAUGGAAGUUGAAAAGGGAGGGCGUUUUUCUCUAUUACAUGGAAAUAUAACUGGUGACUUUGUAGAAUUGAUUCCUAAUCAGAAAAUAGUACAACAUUGGAGAGUGAAAUCAUGGCCAGAUGCUCAUUAUUCAACAGUGACUUUUGAAUUUGAUGAAAAAGAUGACUGCACUGUGCUUAACUAUACACAGACUGGUGUUCCUGACACAGAAUACGAGAAAACAAAAGAAGGCUGGGCCAUCAACUACUGGAACAGAAUGAAACAAGUGUUUGGAUUUGGCUCUAGUAUAUACUAAUGGAAAAGAAAAUCUAAAUAUUCUAUAAAUUUACAAUUUCUGAGUGAUCUCCUCAAAGGUGUCUUGCAUUUUUGAUGGAGAAAUAAAACAAUUUGAACAACAGAAGAAGAGGAAAUUAUUUUGAAAUACCAUACAUUUAUCACUUUAGACUUCAUCAUCUGUGAUCCAUUACUGGCACACUUUGUAUCUUGAAAUGUAUUUGGGUUUAUAUUGUAAUUGAGUUAAGAUGUUUUGUGACAAAGAUUAUUGUUCCUUAGGAAGAGUUCUCCAUCCAUUUGUCAAUUGGCAAUUUUUGACCCCCCACAUAAACUCAACCAUUAUAAUGCUACAUCUGAUUUCUUGAUUUUCACAAUUUCUGGUUUUAAAAAUGCAUAUGUAAAUGCAGAGUAAGUGAAUGAAUGAUAGCAAAUCACCAUAUUAUGAGUACCUCACUAAUAGACAUAUUCACAAAUGUCAAAAAUGUGAUUGUUGAAUGGUAGAGAUUGGAAUACUUUUUCUUGUCUACUUUUUGUUAAACAAAACUCAUUGUGACUAUGUGAAGUAUCAUAUUUAGGCAGACGCUUUUAAUGAUGAAAAAACAAAAAGUUUAGCCCCUGUUUAAAUAGCUAUUUAUGACCUAAUGAUAAAUUCGGCCAAUCUCCUACUUGUAAUAAAUAUCAAACAUUUCUCUAUAUACACAGUAAAUUUCUACCAUUUUCAGCAACAUUUGAGUUUUAUACAGAAAAUUGGAGUGAAACUUAGUCACUAUGUUAAACAAAUAAUUCAGUGGCUAUAUAUAAAUAGUCACUCCUUGUUUUGUGUUUUUUAUGAGAGCAAGGUGUGGAUUUUAUUAAGUGAUUACUGUAGAUUCCUUAUUUUACACGAGUACUUAUUAUUGCGAAAUGACUCUUUAACGUCAAAUCAAGAGAAUAUUUAUUUGCGAUUGAUAAAGAGAAUUUACAUGGAUUUCAGCACCAUGAAAAAUAAAAGCAACUUAUUUUAUUUUGCAAGUGAUGCUUCACCCAAAAUUAUGCUAUAAUAAAUUUCUUGAGUUUAAUUAGGAAUUUACAGUAUAUUAAAAUGUACAUACUUAUGACUAUCUAAUAACCAAAGCCUUUGUUUCUCUUCAUAUUUUAUGUGCCGAGUGCUUUUAUUGACAAACAUGCAUUUGAUAACUUUAGUUUGUUUUCACAACUUGGCUGAAUAUUAUUCAAUUCUAACUACCGUGUAGCGGGUUUUCUUGGCGGAUGUAAAAUUUGGCAUUUUGCCUGCUCAAAGGUAUGCCAAUAAUUUUGGCGUAAUUUAUUUUAACGGACACAGUAAUUCAGCUCUUUAUAGAUGAACACUAAGAAGAGUAUUAACUAUUUUAGCGAUUAAAAUUUUAGCGGGCUACCAUCAAAAUGCCAAAAUAAGCCA